AGCUCAAUGUUUCUGCACUGCAAAUUGAGGUGAUAGUUAGUUAUGGAUCCAACUGAUUGCAGAGUAGUUGACAUUGAUGAUGCAAGGUGCAGCAUGGUUGACAAGAAGUCUCCCAAUUUUCUUGCUUCCAUUGGUGCUCAUGAAUUUUACUCAAUUGAGAUGUGGAAAGCAGCGCUGACAGAGUUAAUGACAAGUGCUUGUCUAAUGUUCACUCUGAUAAGUACAAUUAUUGCGUGCCUGGAUUCACAUGAGGUUGAUCCAAAGCUUAUUGUCCCCUUUGCGGUCUUUGUCAUCACCUUCUUGUUUCUUAUGGUGGCGGCGCCGCUUUCCGGUGGACUAAUCAGCCCUGUUUUCACAUUCAUUGCUGCUUUAAAAGGUCUUGUGACACUUGCUCGUGCUCUUAUCUAUGUCUUAGCACAGUGCAUUGGCUCGAUCAUCGGUUUCUACAUGCUCAAGUCUGUGAUGGACCCAAAAUUAGUACACACAUAUUCAUUAGGAGGCUGUUCCAUUGGUGAAGAUGGAGUUAGUAUUGGUUCUAGUUUACAGCAACAUGCUGGUGUUUUGUUGGUGGAAUUUGCUUGCACGUUUGUGGUUUUGUUUGUGGGUAUCACAGUGGCAUUUGACAAGAAAAGGUCCAAGGAGUUGGGGUUGCCAAUGGUGUGUGUGGUGGUAUCUGCUUCUGUAGCACUAGCAGUGUUUGUGUCCAUAACUGUGACUGGAAGGGCUGGUUAUGCAGGUGUGGGGAUAAACCCAGGAAGAUGCUUAGGCCCAGCACUGCUUCAUGGAGGCUCACUAUGGAGUGGGCAUUGGGUUUUCUGGGUUGGGCCUUUCUUGGCCUGUAUAAUCUAUUAUGGCGUCUCUGUGAACAUGCCAAAGGAGAAAUUUGAGUGGGUGGAUGGGGAAUAUGAUAUCUUAACGUUGGCUUUGGGUCAUAGGAGGAUUGUGUCUAGUAAUGCUGUUUGAAAUGAAAAAUGAUUCUCUUAAGGUUCCAAGUGUAAAAGGAAAGAGUCAGGUUCAUGAUUUCAUUGCCAGUGUGCAUUGGACUACCAAAAUCAAAUAAAUUAGUGUAGGUUUAAGGAAAAGAAAUAAUCACUUUCUCACUUGUUUGAGGAGUGUUGAUUUUCUUUUUAGAGAAUUGCAUGUAUAAUUUCUAAUUUAAUGUCAAUGAUAUCUAUGCAUGUGUUUCAUUUCCAAA